AUGCUGAAGCCCUUUCACAUCAGAGAUCUCCGGGUAUCUGACCCCGAGCCUCCAACUUCUCCGCCUAAUCCAGCACUCGUCCGCAUCUCCACCACUGAUUAUGAUGCGAUAGCGACAAAUCAUCCCCGCGCAAGAUUGACAUAUGUGGAUCAGGAUGACGAUGGAGAUGAAACGAUCACUGUUGGAUCUGCUCUUGAGCUUUCCCAGCGCCUCGAGGAGCCCUUGGAUAUGAGUACACGGCUCGAAUCCAUUCAGCUUCAGAGCGAUGUCACGCCGACUCACAUCUUUGACGUCCGUCGGUCGAACUCCGUAACCGAGUUAUGGCAGCGAUACCGAGUCGAUCAUGCUGAGCAGGACUCUGCUGGCUCUCAAGAUUACCGCAAACCCAGCGUCACUGACUCCGCUGAUCAACAUGAACCCUCGGCGUCUACUGGCUCUUUCCUGCCACCACUUCCUAAUGAGCCCCGGCCUUUGAUGGAGGCAUUCGAAGCCGAGCUAGCAGAGAUGCUUAAUUCCACUGACACCAAGGAGAAGCAACCGAAACGCUCUACUUCACCGCCGGUUGUCGAGCCUUCUACCAGAUCAAGCUCAACACGCACACCCCAUCCCAUUGAAAUCGUGGCAGCCCAAGUCGCUCACCACCUCGCCAACGGGGCCCACAUGGUACAGAGUGAGUGGAGGGCAAGAGUUCCCGAGUUACAGCGACAGCUGCGAAAUUCUCAAAGGCAACUUGAAGCUGUGCAUAUGUCUCUGCCUCAACAUUUAGAAACGUCAUUACGUGCAUUGCUUGCCACACUCGAGGCUCAGUUGAGGACUGCUUUCAACAACAUCCCAGACGGUGGAAGACGGAUGGCACAGGAUGUGUUCGAGACAGGAAGGCCUGUUGCCGAGAAUGCCGCAGAUGGCCUGCGUAUGAUGGCUACUGAAUUCAACGAGGUCGGCAGAACUUUGUUUUCUGCAUUUGAAAGCGAGUUUGGACGACCUGCUCCGACUGCAUCUUCAAACGGUGAACCUGCCGCUCCUAUGCCACCUGCCGCUCCUGUUCCAACUCACCCUCAAGACUCGACCCGUCUCUCGAAUGAGAAGGCAUCCAGCUCCGGCGAGCCACAGUCUGCGUUGAAUAAUCAUCUGAAUAUGCAUCAAGAGACACCUUCUCAUUUCCCUACCCCUCCAUAUGCUGGCCAUGCACCACCUCAUCCAAACCAGUGGGUGCCGCCCCCAACUAUCUCCAAUAAUAACCCCUGGAAUCCGUUCCAACCGUAUCCACCACCUCCUCCCCCUUACCCAUCCCACCCUCCUACACAACAGCCACCAGUUUGGCCACAGCCUCGAUCUACGCCCUGGCCACACUGGCGACCUGCGCCGACCCCUGCCGUGCGCCAGGACCCCUCAAACACGCAAGCACGUGCAGCCAAGCCCAGCAACCCCAGGACUGUUGACUCGGCCCCAAAGUCUCUCUUCGUUGGUAACGUUGGCUUCAAUGUCAGGGAGCAGACACUUCGGGAUGUUUUUGCCGCAAAUGGAUUCAUUGUCGACGUUGAUCUCCCGACGGAUGCUACCUCGGAGAUUCACGCAGGAUUUGGCUACGUCCAUUUCCCCUCGGAACAUCUGGCUUCGGCCGCGAUGCAGCAAUUACAAGGUACUCUCAUUGAUGGCCUUUCGAUCAAUCUGGAGCACAUGCACCACCCCUCCAUUGAAGAAGUGCGUACAGUCCAAGACACGUCGGCGCAUGACAAUGAGGUGCGAGGAGCUCAACUACCACCAUCGGAUCCCAGUGGUGCGAAGAGAAUUUAUUCCGAUCCAAAGCGGUGGAACUUUACAAAGGCCGAUCAAGACAAAUUAAUUGAAUUUGCGCUCAGAGAAGCCAAGGAUGACGCUCGAUCCGAAUAUUCUGCACUGCUUGAUUCUCCAAGCGAUGACCCAGCAUUCAGUGCACGCUACCCCUCGCUUCUCCCAGGGACGAUUCCCCAACGUCAAGGUACCCCUUUGAACUCGCACUCGGGGGCGGAGAUGUCGAGAUUCCCGCCCGUUUCCCAACAAGAUUCCCGGCUUCUUGCCGGCAAUACGGCCGCUGGUCCCAAUCAGACCCUCUAUGCCGGCUCGUUGAAGCGCCGAUCUACUGAUUACCAACCUCAUCGGGCAGAACAUGGCCACUCUGAGAAUGAGGUGCCCCCAAAUACUCUGUACCAUUCAGCCAGCAUGCAUGAUCUCGGACAAGGACGCGACGUCGCGACAACAGAAGCCACAGCUGGUCCCCAGCCAGUUGCCAACAACGCUCCAGCAGAAGAAACUUGUCCGGAUCUGAUGUCGGCCACAGGCGAUGUCAAUGGUUUUGAGACUGGCUAUGCAGAUAUCGAACAGUGUGUCUCCGCGCUCAUUGACAUGGGCUACGGAACUGAGCAGGAAGGUGGACGGGCCAGAAUGGCGAUUUAUGCUGCGGCAGCUGAGGGCAGCCUCAUGGAUGCCAUUGAUAUGAUCGAAGAAGAAAGAAGGGCCUAUGAGUGUCGAACUUCUUGUUAA